UCCAACAAUGUCGCCUAGAUGGUCCUGUAUUUAAAAACUUAUCAACUCCCGCACAACUCUCGGGUCAAUACUAGUAUUUAGUAUUGCGGUGAGUUUUGAGUCCUCUUGUGCCUGGAAUCCACAAUACUGGGGUUCCGGGAAGUAUGGCAUGUAGGAAUGAGACUUUAGCAGAGGAUUCGAUGGCACGCGUGACCGGAGAUACAUUAUACGUUGCAGUGGGAAAAGAUGUGAAGAAGUGCAGAUCAAUACUGUUAUGGGCUAUACAACACAGUGGAGGAGACAAGAUUUGCAUCCUUCACGUGCAUCAGCCGGCUAAACGGCUGCCCUUAUUGGGUGCAAAAUGGUCAGCAAAACUAUUGAAUGAAAAGAGUCUAAAGGGUCAUCGGGACACUGAAAGACAAAGGAUGAAUAAGAUCCUAGAAGAAUACCUUACUACAUGUCAUGAAAAUGGGGUACAAGCACAUAGCAUUCAUACUGAAACAGACAAUAUUAAGAAGGGAAUUGUAGCUCUCAUUUCUCAACAUGGGAUCAGGAAUCUUGUAAUGGGAGCAGCGGCAGACAACCGUUAUAGAGAAAAUAUGAGGGACCCCAGGUCUAGGAAAGCUACAUAUGUGUGCAUUCAAGCACCUCUUUCCUGUCGCAUACAAUUUAUCUGCAAGAGCCUCCUCAUCCAUACCAGGGAAGAAGGUAAACCCUUGAGAACACGGUCUGUAAGUUCAAGUCCAAACAGGAAAAACAUUGAAGCUGGACCAUUAAACUUGCAGAGAUCGUUAUCUGUUGAUAAUUUGCGGCACAAUAACGUCAACGAUGGAGGGAGGAUCAUGGAUAUUCCUUUUAGAGAAGGUAGAGAAGAGAUUUUGUCCCCAAAGUGCGGGUUGGUUGUAGAAGGAAGUAGGAGUGAUGAAUCAUGUUCAUAUGGGUCAUCCAGAAGGAGUCUUCCAGGCUCGAGUUACUCAAUAAGCCCUUCUAGAGAAUUGUCAGAUGUAACUCUAAAUGCAUGGACUGGUGAGAAUGAAUUAAACGUAUUCUCUCCAAAAAGUUCUUUGGCAUCUUCAUCGACAUUGAUUAAUCCAAGUGCGAGUACCAUACCAAAAUGCUCUUCUAAUGGAUCACGCAGUGUUGUGGACGGGGGUUUGGAUGAUACUCUUUUUGGAGAAGUUCAGAAAGCUAAGCCAAACGCUGAAAAAGAGACACACUUGCGUCUGAAAGCAGAGAAAUAUUAUUUUGAGGCUCUGAAUAUGGCCCAAGAAGAGGGGAAACAAAGGAUAAAAAUUGAGGAAGCGCUAGUGAGAGAGAGAGAAGAAUUAGAACAGGUGAAGAAUCAGAGAGACCAAAUGAUAGAAGAAAUCCGCACUUCCAAAGAAGAGAAAACAUUAUUAAAGAGCCAAAAUGAAGAGUUAAAGAAAAAGAGAGAUGAGUUACAGAUUGAGCUUGACAAUGCACUGAAAGAAGCUGAAGAGCUGAGAAGACAACAAGUACAAGACUCUAGACACAUGCCUGAGUUCUUGUUCUCCAAGAUUAAUAAAGCUACUCGAGGCUUUCAUGAAUCCCUCAGAAUUGGACAAGGAGGAUAUGGGAGCGUUUAUAAAGGUCUCUUGCCUCAAACCGAAGUUGCUAUAAAGAGGCUACAGUCUAAUGGCUCGCAAGGUCCCUCAGAAUUCCUAAUGGAGGUUCAAGUGUUGGGAAAGUUGAGGCAUCCCAAUCUUAUCAAACUUAUUGGAUGUUGCUCGGAACAGUUUAUGCUUAUCUAUGAGUAUCUCCCCAAUGGAAGCCUUGAAGAUCGGCUCAAGUGCAAGGACAACAGUCCUCCAUUAUCGUGGGAAGCUCGAAUACGCAUCGCCACAGAAUUGUGCUCUGUCCUCAUUUAUCUUCAUUCUAGAAAACCUCACAGCAUAGUACAUGGUGAUUUGAAACCCUCUAAUAUCCUUCUUGAUGCCAACUUUGUGAGUAAACUUAGUGACUUUGGAAUCUGCCGUAUGUUAUGCCAUGAAAUAAGUUCAAGCAACAAUACAACAGCUUGUCAUAAUACUGACCCAAAGGGCACUUGGCAUUUCAUAGAUCCCGAGUUCAUUUUAACAGGAAAGCUUACUAGGAAAUCAGAUGUUUACUCAUUUGGAAUCAUAUUACUACAAUUGUUGACUGGCCGGAAACCACCUUUCAAGAUGGAAAAUGACGUGCAAGUUGCCUUAGAUGCUGGAACUUUGUCAUCCCUCUUGGAUCCUUUGGCUGGAGACUGGCCAAUUGAGAUUGCUCAAAACUUGGCUCGCUUGGCCUUGAUGUGUUGUGACAGGAACCGGAAGAACCGGCCAGACCUUGCAUCAUACGUCAGCAGGGAACUUGAAUCAAUGAAGGCUUCCUGUGUGGCCUCAUCCUCAUCCUCAUUCAGGCUGCAAGAGGAAAUAUCUACAGAUGGUAGUACAAGGUUUUUCUCAUCAAGAAGGGGCUUUGAGGAGAUGGCUGGACAGUAA